AUGUCUACCAUAGAUUAUGGCACUUUAGGUCAUGUUGAGUAUCAGGCUCAAAAGGGCGAAUGGAGUUUCGUGAGACGAUCAAAAUCUCCUCGAGGAAUAACUGCCCUAGGGAGCCCUGCCUUAUUGGUUCCGCCUUCGGUCGACGGUAGUGCUCCCAGCGUCGCGAAGGGAGGGCGCCAAAAGCUUGCGCUGCAAUUUACUGGGUCACAUACCGAGUUUGUCCCUGCGGUCAACCAGAUCGUAGAUAUGUAUGAGGAAUCAAGGGAUGUGCUGCAUCUAUCCCAAUGGGCUGUGUCGAAAACAAGCCCGCUUGUGGUGAUUGCGUCCUCCACGGAGGCACAGCCUUUGGUAGGGAGUAGCCAUACCUCUCGUAGAGUUUUGGUCUAUGCAGCCGGUAUUUCCGGAAAUAAGAUAGGGGUUGCAAUCGUUCAACAGCAAAGGUUUGCGAAAGACGAUCUUCUUAUACGACGGCCAUCUAUAAAACCCCAGCUUGAAACCGUUUUUGAGUGCGAUGGCCCCAUCGAACAAAUACAACCUGUAUACGAAGUGGAAACUAGGAAAACAAAACGUAGGUCUCUUCAUCUAUCUACUCUAGCUCAAGACUUUAGAAGUAACCCUAGGAUUCAACUAGCUUAUGUUGUAAUCCGUACCCAAAAGUCGAUCUAUAUUGUCCAGAUAACAAGCGAAUCCGCAUCGAGAGUUGGGCUUCCUCUUUUUGGUGCUGUUUGCUUAGGGACAAUUGAAGCCGGAACUGUUGGGUGUAGUGAUUUCCUUCAUAUCGCUGUCAACCCAUGGAAAGGCGAGGAGAUUGCUUUCGUCGACGUUGGCGGGAAAUGGAACGUUUGGGAUUUCUCAUUGAGGAAGACACAAAAAACUAGAUAUGCCCCGACUACUCCAAAACUUAUCGCAUCAGGGGAAUUAUACGAGCCAAACCAAAUCACAUUGGCAUGGGCAAAUAUCACAUGGGGCUCCGUUGAAGCAGAAUUGUUGGUCGCUACUCGAAAGGAACUCUUCAAGAUAGACACCACGACAGGAUUGAUUACAGACGUCUUUCAAAACGUUGUCAGGGGAUUGUCUACUGAAGUAGAGAUAAUAUCCGUCGUACGACCACAAAUAAAGCCUGGCAGUCUCCUAAUCUUGACGAAUUAUACACUACAAAUCCUCGAGUUGGCCGCAGAAAUCAAGCCAAUUUUGAGCUGGAAGCACUGCAGGCAUCCACAAGACCGUUCCCUUUCUUGUUCGGCAUGGAAUGUUGAUGAUACUGAAUGCGUUUUCAUAUAUUCGCGAUACAACCCAAAUAUCAGUGUUAUCUGGGGCCUGAACAGUAGAGAACCGUUGGAUUUUUCGUUCCUGGCCGCAAAAUGGUCUGACUGCCCAAUUCUAGGACUGAUAGUUUUAGAAGGGUCCACAGAAGAAAAUACAAAAGGUGAAACAAAUAGGCGGUCAGAUAUAUUCACCGUGACAACUAUUGGUUCGAACCGUGAUGUUUGGAGGCAAGACUAUACACUAAAUUCGAAUAUCGAUGCUAGGAUAUUUCAUAAUAACCGCAGAGGAAAUUACUUGGCCUUGAGUAAUCAGAUCAUCGAUUCAAGUGAUGAGAGUGAUGGUCAAGGCCGGCAGCGGGGUAGCAGAGAUGAAAGUGCGGAUUUAGGAUCAACCUUUGAGAGGUUGUCGCUAGGUACAUCUAGGCGCUGUCGAGAAGUCUCUAACGUUUCUAUUAUCAAUCUCGGGAAUGUUUAUGAGCUAGCUUUCGAUGACGAGCGGCCCAUAUACAAAACCGGGGCGCAGGAAGAUGGGCGAGUUUUUUUGCAAGAAUACUUGAAUAUUUUGCGAUUACAUUUGAAUACUGACAACGAUGAUGAAGCAGACACCAUCAACCCUAGUUUAUUGAGCUUGUAA